GCUUAAACUGUAAAAAUCGAGGGGUUCAAACAGAAAAGUGAGCCCCAAACCCUACACCCUCAUGGAAGCGUGGCCACCUCUCGCCCCCGCGGCGGCCACUCCGGCCUGUGCCUUGGCGUGGGGAGCAGCAGCAACGGCGCAGCGGAAGGCCGUGGAGCAGGAGUCAGCGGCGCAGGCGGUGAGCCGCAUCGUGGCGAGCUGCGCCAACUCCAGCGGCGUGGCAGUCGCCGUGGUGGACGCCAACGCCGUCAUCUCCGGCGGCUCCGCUCUCUCCACUUCCGCGGGGCGCCUUGUCACCGUGCCCGAGGUGCUCGAGGAGGUCCGGGACGCAACCGCGCGGCGGCGCCUCGGGCUCCUCCCCGUUCCCGUUGAGACCGUUGAACCUGCGCCGGAGUUCGUUAAGAAAGGUCGCUGCUCUAGUCGCUCGAAUGCAUCAUGAAUCUGAGUUAAAUCUCUCUCGCAUUAGUGCUUGUAGUCGUUAAUUUGUAGAUUGUAUUGUUAAUUUAUCACCCUACAUUAAUGUCUACUGAUGUUAUUGUUGUUUCUUACUUACUGAUAAUCAUAGUGGAGAAAGCAUGUUGUCUUCAUUUAGCGUAGUUACCAAGUUUGCCAGGGAGACAGGAGACAUCCAAACGCUUUCAGAUGUUGAUAUAAAGAUUAUUGCUUUGGCUUACAUGUUAGAAGCUGAGAUCCAUGGGACUAGCCAUUUGCGAGAGCACCCUCCUCCUCUGCAUGAGGUGAAUGUCAGAAAGCUGUCAGAAGCUCAAAUGCCUGGUUGGGGCUCUAAUGUGCCUAACCUGAAAGAGUGGGAAGAGUUGGAUCAGAUGUCUGAAGCUGGUGGAGAUAUCAAUUCUCGAAUACUUCCUCUGAAGGAUAUUGAGAGUCAAGAUAUCCUGAUGUGUGAUACCAACAGUCUCUGUGGGGCACAAGAGGAUACAGAGCUCCAGCCAUCAAAGAAGGAUGCACCUGUUGCAUGGGAGGACGAUGAGAACAAUGUAGGUUGGAUGCCUGCUGUUAGCCGCAGCAUGCACAGAAGAUAUUUGCAGAGGAAGGCAAGGCGUGAUGCCCUCAAGGAAUCUGGACAAAGUUUUGAGACAAGUUCUGUUGUUCCAUCAAUCGAUGAUGAUAAAGUUCUCUCUGAAAAUAGUGGAUUGGAGCAUGGUCUGACUUCAACUGAUGGCCUUUCUUCUGUCACUGAGAUAAUCAGUGCACGUUCUGAUGAUUUUGAACAUCAAGCAGAAAAUGACACUGAAAUUGCUGGAGAACAUUUGCAUUCUGAUCAGCGAGCUUACGGUGAUGAUGCUGAUGCGUGCACCAAAGAACUGGAAAACCUAGAUAUAGAAGGUGAGGAUGAGGGAGGUGGUGAUGCACAUUUCAUUGUUGAUGAGAGCAGCGAGCAGAGUUGGACCCUGAGGUCCUUAUCCGAAUCAACUGUAGCAUGUGUUACUAGUGAUUAUGCCAUGCAAAAUGUCAUCCUGCUGAUUGGUCUCCGUCUCAUAGCACCAGGUGGCAUGCAGAUACGCCAGAUGCAUAGGUGGGUUUUGAGGUGCCAUGCUUGCUAUAAGGUGACCCAAGAGGUUGGCAAAAUAUUUUGUCCGAAGUGUGGUAAUGGUGGGACCUUACGGAAGGUUUCGGUAACAGUUGGUGAAAAUGGGAUCACUAUGGCUUCACGGCGCCCACGUGUUACACUUCGAGGCACAAAAUUCUCCCUCCCAAUGCCCCAAGGUGGAAGAGAUGCAAUAACUAAGAACCCCAUCCUUCGUGAGGAUCAACUUCCUCAGAAGGUUCUUCAUCCUAAACUGAAGAAGUCAAACAAGGAUGAUGAUUUCUUGGGCGUGGUCGACAUAUUUUCGCAUGGUGGUGAUAAGAAGGCACCAUUGAAACCUCCAGUGAGGAAGGCGCUCGCAAUGUUCAGCGGGAAAAGAAAUCCAAACGACAACCACUUCUCUCGCAAGAAGUACUAAGCUCUGAUCUGUCGUCUUCUUUUUAUGCACGCCUGUGGUACCGUAGUCUGUAAUCCCAGCAUGUACGUAAUGGUUGAAGCAGAGUGCCUUUUUUUUUGUUAGUGGCGUAUACUCAUCAUAUUCAUAUACACAGAUAUAUAUAAGCAUGUAAGCUAUGCAGUUUUGCAGCAACUUUGUAUGGUUUCCGUGCUACUGUUUUUCUAAUGCAUUUGAAUUUUGAGUUUGAAUGUCCA